CAGCCGCAGCAGCGAAGCGAAGCGAGCGACCCCUCUCUCCUCUAAGCCAAGCAAAAACACAAGGAGAACUCGCCAUAAUUCCAAUCCACUGUGCCCUAGCUCGCCCACCUCUUCCUCCCCCGCGAGAGAGAGAGGAGAGAGAAUUCGAUCUCUUCUUUCUCCCUUUUUUUCUGUUCGGUUUUUGCGGUGUGGGAGGGGGCGUGGAUUUGAUGUAGAUUAUUAGGGACUACCACCACCACCGUUUCUGUUGCAGUUGCGGAAUUGGAGGAUUGUGUGUUUGGUUUCUUGAUCUGAGGAGGAAGAAGACAUGAGAGGUUUGGUGGGUGAGCGGUGAUCGCAUUUGGGGGUUGGAGAUGAAGGAGGUGGGGGAGGUGGAGGAGGUGAGGUGCUUGGACCCGCAGCUAUGGCACGCGUGCGCGGGCGGGAUGGUGCAGAUGCCGGCGCCGCGUUCCCGGGUGUACUACUUCGCGCAGGGCCACGCCGAGCACGCCGACGGCGGAGGCGGGGCGGCGGCGGCGGCCGCGGAGCUGGGGCCGCGCGCGCUCCCGCCGCUCGUGCUCUGCCGCGUCGAAGGGGUCCAGUUCCUGGCCGAUCGGGACUCCGACGAGGUGUACGCCAAGAUCCGCCUCGCGCCGGUCGCCCCCGGGGAGGCCGAGUUCCGGGAGCCCGACGAGCUCUGCCCGCUCGGCGCCGCCGGCGACGCGGCGGAGCCGUCGCCGGAGAAGCCGACCUCGUUCGCCAAGACGCUCACGCAGUCCGACGCCAACAACGGCGGCGGCUUCUCGGUGCCCCGCUACUGCGCCGAGACCAUCUUCCCCAAGCUGGACUACAGGGCCGACCCGCCGGUGCAGACGGUGCUCGCCAAGGACGUCCACGGCGUGGUCUGGAAGUUCCGCCACAUCUACCGCGGCACGCCGCGCCGGCAUUUGCUCACCACCGGGUGGAGCACGUUCGUGAACCAGAAGAAGCUCGUCGCGGGGGACUCGAUCGUGUUCCUGCGCACCAGGCACGGGGAGCUCUGCGUCGGGAUACGGCGGGCGAAGCGGAUGGCGUGCGGGGGGAUGGAGUGCAUGUCGGGGUGGAACGCGCCGGGCUAUGGCGGCGGCGGCUUCUCGGCGUUCUUAAAGGAGGAGGAGAGUAAGCUGAUGAAGGGCCAUGGUGGUGGUGGGUACAUGAAGGGCAAGGGGAAGGUGAGGAUGGCCGAUGUCGUGGAGGCCGCUAGCCUCGCGUCGAGCGGGCAGCCGUUCGAGGUGGCGUACUACCCGAGGGCUAGCACCCCGGAUUUUGUCGUGAAGGCUGCGUCGGUGCAGGCCGCAAUGAGGAUCCAGUGGUGCUCCGGGAUGAGGUUCAAGAUGGCUUUUGAGACAGAGGAUUCAUCAAGGAUUAGCUGGUUUAUGGGGACAAUAUCUUCUGUUCAGGUUGCUGAUCCCAACAGAUGGCCGAAUUCGCCGUGGAGACUUCUUCAGGUGACAUGGGAUGAACCGGACCUGUUGCAGAAUGUGAAAUGUGUCAGCCCAUGGCUUGUGGAGCUUGUGUCAAGUAUUCCACCAAUCCAUUUAGGACCAUUUUCGUCACCUCGAAAGAAGUUGCGGGUUCCCCCACAUCCUGACUUCCCAUUUGAGGGUCAUCUUCUGAACCCAAUUUUCCAUGGGAACCCACUUGGUCCUAGCAACAGCCCACUAUGCUGUUACCCGGACACCGCUCCUGCAGGCAUACAGGGAGCCAGGCAUGCUCAAUUUGGUUUACCACUAACAGACCACCAGCUUAACAAGCUGCACCUUGGUCUGUUACAUAGCGGCAGUUUUAACAGACUUGAUGCUAUUACUCCACCUUCCCGGAUAUCAAAGGGCUUUGUGGUCAGUAGUGCACCAGCCCAUGACAAUAUCUCUUGUUUGUUGUCAAUCAGUACACCACAGGUCGCAGAGAAAUCUGAUGACAGAAAGACGACACCCCAUAUAAUGCUGUUUGGAAAGGCUAUAUUUACUGAGCAGCAGAUAACUUCAAGCGGAUCAACAGAGACACUCUCCCCUGGAGUUACUGGAAAUAGCUCACCUAAUGGCAAUGCGCACAAGACAGGAAAUGCAUCUGAUGGUUCUGGUUCAUCAAUUUGCAUUGGUUUCUCAUCUCAAGGUCACGAGGCUUCUGACCUUGGUUUAGAAGCUGGUCACUGCAAGGUAUUUAUGGAAUCGGAGGACGUUGGUCGCACCAUUGAUUUGUCUGUCUUUGGGUCAUACGAAGAACUGUAUGGUCGGCUGGCUGACAUGUUCGGAAUCGAGAAAGAAGAAAUCAUAAACCAUCUUCAUUUCCGUGACGCAGCUGGUGUAGUCAAGCAUCCGGGUGAGGUACCAUUCAGUGACUUCAUGAAAGCGGCACGGAGGCUUACAAUAAUAGCCGGCGACAGGGAGAGAAUUGAGAGACCUCUCAUCGAAUGCUUAGUUGAGCAGGCGUGAUAGUUCAAUAAACUCCCGUUUGAAUUUAAUUCUGAAAUAUGAAUCGUAGCGUGAAAAGACUUCCUUUGUUACAUGUACUUGCGUUGGGCUGUUAACUAAGCAGACCUGCUUUGUAUUGUCAGUGUUGUGGAUUGCUCAAGUUAAGGUGUGUGUGUUUUUAUCUUGCCUCGGUUAGCUGUCAGUUUCUUUGUUGCAAUCAGUGGUCAUGUUCUUCUGUUCAAGUUCGUAAACCAAACACUUGGAUGAAUCUUAGUCAAAAUAAAAGUUCCUUGGGAAAUCCUACAA